GACUAAAAGAUUCGACUUCCGGUUACUUUCGUUUUAUGCUCAGAUACACAAAUUUAUUUUGACUGUUUUAGAGCUGCAAAGAUGACUUGCUGCAUCGUCUUAAGAUUUAGGAACACGUACUGCAAACAAUCAUUGGCAAAGACACUGAUAAAUCAACAAGUUAUGUCCAGGUCUCUUACGAAUGAGGUCCCCAUCAGCACUGGUAGUGAUCCAUUACUUAAAGGCCUAGACCACAUCCAAGUUAAAAUGAUGCGGGAGAAAUGUAUUCUAGUUGAUAAGGACGAUCAAAUUACAGGAUGUGCUUCAAAAAAGGAUUGUCACUUUUUAAAAAAUAUUAACAAAGGUAUGCUCCACAGAGCAUUCAGUGUUUUUCUAUUUAAUACUGAAGGCCAGCUUCUAUUGCAGCAAAGAUCAGGAACUAAAAUCACCUUUCCAAAUCAUUUUACUAAUACAUGCUGCAGCCAUCCUCUAUACACUGUCGGAGAGUUAGAGGAGAAAGAUGCUCUUGGAGUGAAGAAAUCAGCUCAAAGACGCUUACAUCAGGAACUUGGAAUUCAACAGCAUCAAAUCAACCUUUCAGAGUUUAACUAUCUGACAAGGAUCCAUUAUAAGUCGGGAAAUGUGCCUGUAGACGGUGUGUGGGGAGAACACGAGAUUGACUACAUCCUAGUGGUGCAGAAGGAUGUGGAUCUGUGUCCAAAUCCUGCUGAAGUGAAACUGUGUAAAUAUGUCUCUAAGGAGGAGCUUCAGAAACUUUUUGGGGAAGCAGAUACUACAGGGACUCUACUGACACCUUGGUUCAAACUGAUCGCGGACAAGUUCUUGUACAAGUGGUGGAGUGACCUUAACGACCUGUCAUCCCAUGUCGACCACACAAACAUACAUCGCAUGAUUGACUGAUGACUAUGGAGACUGUUGGCUGGAAAUACACAGAAUACUCAGAAACAUACGGAUGUGUUCUUGGUACUUGUUUAAGUUAACGCCUAUUCAAUAAUUACAACUCUACAAUAUUGAGUUCAGGAUAAAUGUUUUUAGUUAUACGGGUAUAUUUAAAGGUAAAUAAACAGUAUAAUGGAGGACUUGAUGGAAUUAUUUGUUGAAAAUAGGAGUUGUGUUUUUUCGUACUAAGAUAUAUAGUUUGUUUUU